GCACCAUUGUGUCAACCUUUCUAACUGGACGAAUCCCUCAGUGUUUAACCCUGGUCUCAACUUGUGUUCUUUCAGUUGGUUUCCCUCUUCCUCUUUCAGCUACGUGUCAGUUUCAGUAACACAGCUCAAGGAGAGAACUGUUUCUCAACAGGAAAUGUCCACUCCCAACCUGCACUCAUAAAGAGAAGACGCAAUACUGAAAUGUUCACAUCUGCAUUGCAUGGACUUGGUAGUUAAUGCCUUCAGAACAUCACUUCAAUACAGAGCACCCAGAGAUCCUCAAGACUGAAUAAGUGAUCUACAAUGGCCAGAAGUAAUGAAGAACAGCUGUUGGGGACUCUGGAGAAGCUCGGGGAAGACGAUCUGAAGACGUUUCAGUGGUUCCUGAAGAACAAAGUUCUGGAUGGGUUUGAUCCCAUCCCAAAGAGCAGGUUGGAGGGAGCUGCCAGAACAGACACAGUGGAUAGGAUGGUGGACACAUACAGACUGGAAGGAGCUCUGAAGAUCACUGUGGAGAUCCUGGGAAAGAUGGAUCAGAAUAAUCUUGCUAAGUGGCUGAUGAGUGUCAGUGGUGCUGAGGAGGCUGGUGGGAACACUUCAACUUCCUGUCUUCCUCAGGAAGUCCAGGGUUCCUCCAACACGACUGAGACUGGAUGCCAUGCUGCUGCUCCUGGUGGAAACCCUUCAGAGCAAAUAGACUGUUAUGAUAAAUAUGCAGAAAACAUCAAAGACAACAAACUCAAACAUCAAAGACUUCUAAAAUCAAAGUAUGAAGAAAUAGUUGAUGGGAUGAAACAGCACGGUGAGAAAAUCUCCCUGGACAGUAUCUACACAGAGCUCUACAUCACAGAGGCUGGAGGUGGAGAGGUCAAUGACCAACAUGAAGUACGACAGAUUGAGGGAGAAUACAGGAAGAUUAGAGGGUCAGAGAAAAAAGUUGAAUUCAACAACAUCUUCAAAACCUCAGAUGAACAAGACAAACUUAUAAGAAGAGUUCUGACCAAGGGAAUUGCUGGCAUCGGAAAAACUUUUUCUUCACACAAGUUCACUCUGGACUGGGCAAACAAAAAACAAAACCAAGACAUUGAUUUCAUUUUCCCACUCUCUUUUCGACAACUGAAUUUGUUGGAGAAAGAGAAGCACAACUUGAUCGAUGUAAUUCAAAAAUGCUUCAAAGAAAUGGAGAAAGAGUUUCUUACAGCAAUUUUCACAAGGGGACAAGAAAACAAAACAGAACUGAAAGUUUCAGUUCUGUUUAUCUUGGAUGGUCUCGAUGAGUUCCAGAUGCCCCUCAACUACAAGAAGUACAAUAGCUGUGAUGAUGUCACAGAGCCAAAUACCAUAGAUGUGCUGCUGACAAACCUGAUCAUGAAAGAUCUGCUUCCUUCUGCUCUCCUCUGGAUAACGUCCCGACCUGUUGCAGCCAAUCAGAUCCCUUCUGAGUGUGUUGACCUUGUGACGGAGGUACGAGGGUUCAAUGAUGAUCAGAAGGAGGAGUACAUCAUGAAGAGAUGCAGUGAUGACAUCCUGGCCAGGAGAAUCAUCUCACACAUCAAGACAUCAAGGAUCCUCUACAUCAUGUGUCACAUUCCAGUCGUCGCUUUCAUUAUUGCAACAGUUUUAAAGACCUGUGGAGAAAAAGAGAUGCCCCGGAAUCUGACUCAAGUUUACAUACACUUCCUGGUUGACCAAGUCAGAAAGAUGGAUGUGAAGUACAGCAGGAAAGAGGAGACUGAUGCACCCUGGGACAAAAAUAACAUUAAGAUGAUUCAAUCACUGGGGAAACUGGCUUUCACACAACUGGAAAAUGGCAACCUGAUUUUCAGAGAGGCAGACCUGAGGAAGUGUGGCAUUGAUGUUGAAGGAGCUGCAAACUGCUCUGGGAUGUGCACAGAAAUCUUUUCAGAAGAUAAAUGGGGUGGUGAGGAGAAGGUGUACUGCUUUGUCCAUCUGACUAUCCAGGAGCUUUUUGCUGCUCUGCAUGUGUUUCUGUCAUUCAUGAACAACAACAAGAAUGUAAUGGAAAAACUAUUUUACAAGAGAAUAACCUUCCUCCAACCGGCUGUCAGAUUCUACAAGAGUGCCGUGGACAGGACCUUAGAAAGUGAGAAAGGACACCUGGACCUCUUCCUCCGCUUCCUCCUGGGCCUCUCAAUGGAGUCCAAUCAGACUCGCUUAACAGGUCUACUGACUCAGACAACAAGCAACACACAAAGCCAUGAGAAAACAAUCAAGUACAUCAAGGAGAAAAUCAGAGAGAAUCCAUCUCCAGAGAGAUGCAUGAAUCUGUUCCACUGUCUGAAUGAACUGAAUGACCAUUCUCUGGUGGAGGAGAUCCAACACUACCUGAGCUCAGGAAGUCUCUCCAGUGAGAAGAAGCUCUCAUCUACACAGUGGUCAGCUCUGGUCUUUGUGUUGCUGACUUCAGAAGAGAAGAUGGGCGUGUUUGACCUGAAGAAAUACUUCAGAUCAGAGGAAGGUCUUCUGAGGCUGCUGCCAGUGGUUAAAGACUCCAAAACUGCUCUGCUGAAUGACUGUAACCUCACAGAACGGUGCUGUGAAGCGCUGGCCUCAGCGCUCCCCUUCUCAGAUCUGACAGAGCUGGACUUGAAUAUCAACAACCUGGGGGAUUCAGGCAUGAAGCUGCUCUCUGCUGGACUGGGGAAUCCACUCUGCAAGCUGGAGACACUGAGGCUGUCAGGCUGUCACAUCACAGAGGAAGGCUGUGCUUCUCUGAGCUCAGCUCUGAAGUCCUCCUUCCUGAGACAACUGGAGCUAAGUAACAAUGAUCUGAAGGAUGCCGGCAUGAAGCUGCUCUCUGCUGGACUGGAGGAUCCACUCUGCAAACUGGAGACACUGAGGCUGUCAAGCUGUCACAUCACAGAGGAAGGCUGUGCUUCUCUGAGCUCAGCUCUGAAGUCAGCCUCCUUCCUGAGACAAUUGGAUCUUAGUAACAAUGAUCUGAAGGAUGCCGGCAUGAAGCUGCUCUCUGCUGGACUGGGGAAUCCACUCUGCAAGCUGGAGACACUGAGGUUGUCAGGCUGUCAGAUCACAGAAGAAGGCUGUGCUUCUCUGGGUUCAGCUCUGAAAUCAAACCCCUCCCUUCUGAGAGAUCUGGAUCUAAGCAACAGUGACCUGAGGGAUUCAGGCAUGAAGCUGCUCUCUGCUGGACUGGGGAAUCCACUCUGCAAACUGGAGACACUGAGGCUGUCAGGCUGUCUGGUCACAGAGGAAGGCUGUGCUUCUCUGGCCUCAGCUCUGAGGUCCAACCCCUUCCACCUGAGGGAACUGGACCUGAGCUACAAUCAUCCAGGAGAAAAAGGAUUGAAGCUGCUCUCUGCUGGACUGGAGGAUCCACACUGCAGACUGGAGAUACUCAAUGUGGAUCAUGGUGGAGAGUGCUGGAUCAAACCUGGCCUUGUGAAGGCCUGGAGAUAUGCCUGUGAGCUCACACUGGACCCAAACACAGCAUGCAGACGCCUCUCUCUGUCUGAGGAGAACAGAAAGGUGACAAGGAGGAGAGAGAAGCAGCCGUAUCCUGAUCACCCAGAGAGAUUUGAGGACUGUCCACAGGUGCUGUGUAGAGAGGGUCUGUCUGGGCGCUGUUACUGGGAGGCAGAGAGGAGUGGAGGAGGGGUUGAUAUAGCAGUGACAUAUAAAGGAAUCAGCAGGAGAGGAGAGGGUGUUGACUGUUGGCUUGGAUACAAUAACAAGUCCUGGAGUCUGGAGUGUGGUGAUAACAGUUACUCUGCCUGGCACAAUAAGAAGAGCACUGACAUACCUGCCCCCCCCUCCAGCUCCCACAGAGUAGGAGUGUAUCUGGACUGGCCGGCCGGCACUCUGUCCUUCUACACAGUCUCCUCUGACACACUGACCCACCUGCACACAUUCCACAGCACAUUCACUGAGCCCCUCUAUCCUGGGUUCUGGGUUUAUAACUCUGACUCCUCAGUGUCCCUGUGUCAGGUAGAAUAGCCCACACACACUCUCACACACUGUGCUCACAUAGAUGGCAGUGAAGAUUGAACUGUACACAGUUGGAAUUGAUAUCCCAGAGUGUUUGUAAAUAUUGGUGUGUGUAGAAUGUUUGUUCUGUUUGAACCUUUUAGAUGUAAAUAUUACUAAUAUUAAAUAUUAUUAAUAUUUCUAAAUAUUA